AAUAAAAGAAAAAAGAAAAAAGAGAGAGAUAGAGAUGGAGAAAGAAGAAGAGCACAAAGAGAGUGUGGACUCGUUGUUGUGUCCAAGUUUCAGCACCUAUUGUCACUCAUCUAACAAACUCGCUGAUAUAGCUCAACAGGUUAUUCAAAACGACAACGAUUUUAAUGCUAACGACAACGACUUCGAGUUCGUCGCGUUUCCUAAGGCUGCGGAUGGGGUUUUCUUCGACGGCGAUUCGGGUCGUUUUUUCCCAAUCUUCAAUCGCGACCUCGUGACGGCGACGAAGGAGGAGGAUGCUGCGGCGAUUCAAUUUCCGAUGAGGAAGUUGCUUAUCGGCGACGAGGAAAAGCGUCGUGAACCUUCGCCGACGACUUCGUCGUCGUCGUCGGAGGUGGAGGAUGAUCUGGUGGCGAUUCCGGCGGGGACGUACUGCGUGUGGACUCCGAAUUCGGUGAAGCCUUCGCCUGACAGAUGCAAGAAGAGCAAUUCGACGGGAUCGUCGUCGACGAAGCGAUGGAAGCUUCUGGAUUUGCUGCGGCGGAGCAACAGCGACGGGAAGGAGUCGUCGUCGUUGGUGUUGGUGACGCCGUCGUCCGAUUCGACGAAGAAGAAGAAGGGAGUGAAAGGGGAGAGUUCGAAAGAGCAGUGUGGUUCUCGAAAAGCUGAAAUCCUCACUAGCAGGUUCGCCGGAAAAAAGAUUCCGGCAGCGGCGGCGAGCGGCGGGGAGAAGAAGGUGUUUACGUCGGCGCACGAGGCAUUGUAUUUGAAGAACCGAGAGACGAGAAAAAGGUCCUAUUUGCCGUAUAGGCAAGAAUUGGUUGGGUUCUUUUCAUUUUUGUCACAUAGAAAAUUUUAAGAGUUUAUAUUUUUUAUUUUUUUUGAAAAAUUUU